AUGGAGAAGACUGCAACACUUUUAAUUGCUUCCGCUCUCUUGGUAUUGUGUGUGCCAGCUUUGGCCAAGUUUACCGCACAGGAUGUAAAAUGUCAUGUGUGCAAAGCAGUUGUCAGCGAAAUUGAAGAAGAAGUGGCCAAAGUAGAUCCUAAAAAGAAAAUUGAUGUUAGCGGCUUUCGUCUGGAUGCCCAGGGAAAUUCUGUGGGCAAAAGUGUUCCCAUGGCUAAAUCCGAAUUGUUCCUAAGUGAGGUCAUGGAUAAGGUGUGCGACCAAAUGGAUGAUUACUUGAGGGCCACCCACAAAAAGACUGGUAAAUUUAUGCUACUGAAAAUUAUGAUCGACGGUAAAAUGAAUCCUGCCUCCAGCGAAGUUGACUUUGUGCAAGAUGAUGAUUUGAACAAGAGUCUGGGUCACUAUUGCCUUGAAUUUAUUGAAAACUACGAAGAUGUUGUGGUGAAAUAUUUCAAGGAAGAAACCCUAAAUGAACAUUUGGAUAUUAAAAUCUGUUCCGAGGAAACUGAAUAUUGCAAUGAUGCACCCAUCCAGGAAGAAUAUGAAUUCGAUGAUAAGGACGAACUUUGAUUUUGACAUAGGCUGGAAAACCAGGCAAAAGACCAAUAGCCACUCUGGCUGUCAUGUCGCUAACCAAACGUUGGAAAAUCUUAUCAAUAUCCUCGCUGCGGAACUUCAU